ACUGAGGUCAGGAGCCUAAACAUAACCAGCUUUGGCAACGUGCAAGAGCUGGAGAGGAACAACAACGUCAGAGUCGUGGAGGCUGAUGUCAGAAAUGUUGGCAACUGCCGCUGUAAACCAUUUGUGUUCUGAGAUGGUGGAUACAAACAUCUCGUCUCUCUUAUUACAGGUGUUGCUAUGACUGUGGAUGACCGCCUGACUGUUCCUAUGGCACUACAUGUGAAGACAACAGGUGGAGCUCUGAUGGAAUACAUCAGAGCCCCUAGGGCGAAGUACACAAUAGUAGGAGAGGCUAUACGUUAUGUAAUCCCUGGACAUAUGCAAUGCUCAAUGGGUUGUGGAGGUCAAGCCUGCAAGUAUGACAACCCAAGCUACUGGAGUGAUGACCAACAAGCCAUACAAGGCCUCUUCUCAUCCUGGGUUACUGAUCAUCUUCUUGCAAUGUCCAGACCCUCAACAGAAAUCAUUGAGAAGUAUAACAUCAUUGAUCAAUUCAUAAGGAAUGGUAUUAAAACAGUGAUCAACCUACAGAUACCUGGUGAACAUGCCAGCUGUGGAAAUCCUCUGGAGCCAGAGAGUGGCUUCUCAUACCGCCCAGAGGUCUUCAUGGAAAAUAACAUUUAUUUUUACAAUUUUGGCUGGAGUGACUAUGGGGUGGCCAGCCUCACCACUGUUCUGGACAUGAUGAAGGUCAUGGCCUUUGCACUGCAGGAGGGAAAGAUAGCAGUCCACUGUCAUGCUGGUCUCGGAAGAACAGGUGUGCUGAUAGCAUGUUUCUUGGCCUAUGCUACCAGAAUGACUGCUAACCAGGCUAUUUUAUAUGUACGUGCUAAACGCCCCAAUUCCAUCCAGACGCGAGGUCAGUUGCGUUGUGUCAGACAGUUUGUCCAGUUCCUCGCCCCUUUAAGGAGUGUGUUUUCUUGUGCUGAACCACGAUUCAACCCUGUCACCCUGUCCCAGUAUCUAAAGCGCCAGACACACAUUCUGCAUGGCAAUGAAAGGAAGGAGCUGAAACACCUACCAAAGAUUUUUCAGGUUGUGUCUCGGCUGCUGUUGGACAUUGCAGAGAAUCGGGAGGUGAUUGAGGAAGAUAUUCUGGUGGCCCCUGAUAUUGAUGACAUAGAGACGACUCUCAGUCUCAUUGAGGAGAUGGGCCCUGAGCUCUUUGCAAAGGAGCCUCGUUUACCAGGUAUGCCAACCCUACCCAGACAUUUCAACGAGCCGCCCAUCUUCUACCAUCGCAAAAGUUUGUGCUACAGUGAGUCUGACUUGAGACGACUGGGCUCACAGCUCAACCUCCUCACUGAACCUCUUGGCUCCUUGUCUCAGAGUAAUGUUGACAUUUCUUUAUCCAAGCCUGCUCUCGCUGCAAACCAGCAUGAGAAUUGCAAUAACAGCAUGUCUGAGGUGUUACACGGCUCAACAAACUCACUCUGGCAAAUCAAGAACAUAGAAAAUCGAAAAGAUGGAUCUAUCCUGCUGAGGAAGGUGACACAAAAAAAGAUCCAACGCAGUGAGUCUGUGGGAAAUACUGAACCUACCAAAAAGGGUAGCAUGUUGUACAGAUGGAAGGCAGAGCAGAGGGAUAAUUUGGCAAUGAAUGGGAUACAGUCUCAAGAUUGCAAAGAGGACCAAUCAGAGAAGUCAAACGUGCCCUUCAUCACCUUGCAGUCAGAGUUGUCCCUGGACGCCAGGAGGUUGCUCGUGGCACAGGCCCUGGCAGUGGACCUUUUUCUUGAUGGGGAAAAAGAGCACAAGAGCAGAGUCUUGGCCUGGCAGGCAGAACUAAACCUAGGCGGUGGCUGGGAAAGGCUGUGUAUGGAGCGAGAUCCCUUCAUCCUCACUGGGCUCAUGUGGGCAUGGUUAGAGCAGCUUAAAGAGCCAGUCAUCUCCGUCCAGGAAGCCAAAGCCCUGAACCCUAACAACGCUGAUCCUCAAACUGUACUUAACGCGCUUGACCAGGCCACUAAAAAAACAUUAACAUGCAUACUAGAUUGUAUGGCUCAUAUGCUGUGGAUACCAGAAGAGGUUGAAAAUGCAUUCCUGAAACGUACCAUCAAAGCUUUCACCUGGGUGGAUAACAAAUCAGACGAUGGACUCAUAGUGUACAAGUCCAUGACUGCAGUCCUACAGUGUGUCCUUGAUGAGAUGAGGUCAAUGGUCAUAGAGACUGAUGAGACACCCAUCUCUCCCUGCUAUAUAAAAUAG